GUGAUGGACGCGGCGAAGGACCAAUGCGAGCGACGAGCGGGGGAGUGCGUGGCGUGCGUGGUGCCCGGGCCUGGAAGCGGGGAAUCCGCGAGGUGUGCUGGCGGGUCGAGCAGAGUUAGUCCGCGGCCAUGGCUCCCAACAUGCCCGCCCCCGAACCGGCUGAAGAGACUCCCAAAGGCAUCCGGGCCGUGCUGCUGGGGCCUCCGGGGGCUGGCAAGGGCACCCAGGCACCCAAACUGGCCAAAAACUUCUGUGUCUGCCAUUUAGCUACUGGUGACAUGCUAAGGGCAAUGGUAGCCUCUGGCUCAGAGCUGGGAAAAAAACUGAAAGCCACUAUGGACGCUGGUAAACUGGUUAGUGAUGAAAUGGUUGUAGAGCUCAUUGAGAAGAAUUUGGAGACCCCACCAUGCAAAAACGGUUUUCUCCUAGAUGGCUUCCCUCGGACGGUGAAACAGGCAGAAAUGCUUGAUACCCUCAUGAAGAAGAGGAAAGAGAAGCUGGAUUCUGUGAUUGAGUUUAACAUCCCUGACUCUCUGUUGAUCCGGAGAAUCACCGGAAGGCUGAUUCAUCCCGCGAGUGGCCGUUCCUACCACGAGGAAUUCAAUCCCCCAAAGGAACCCAUGAAGGAUGAUAUCACAGGGGAUCCCCUGGUCCGCCGGUCAGACGAUAAUGAGAAAGCCUUGAAAAUUCGGCUGGAAGCCUACCACACUCAGACCACCCCCCUUGUGGAGUACUACCGCAAACGGGGAAUCCACUCUGCUGUCGACGCCUCCCAGACCCCUGACGUUGUCUUCGCAAGCAUCCUAGCAGCCUUCUCCAAAGCCACAUCCUAGUAACAGAAGGCCAGGCGAGACCGCUUCACUGCUCAUCACCCUGCUUCGUGACCCCCUGCUCUUAGGUGCUGGGCGGAGGGCAGGGGCGGUCAGGGUAAGGCUGGGGAGGGAGGAGUGGUGAGGGGCCAGGAGGAGGAGAAGAGAGCAGCAGUGUUGUAAUGAGCCUUUUACAGACCACAGUAGGAAUCUUGUCAAGUACCAACCACUGGGAAAAAUUAAUUUUCUGGAAAAUCAAUUGGCGUGUAUAAGUAGAAAUAGGGAGACCACAGUAUUACUUUUAAGAAAUCAUGGUUUCAUUUCCUCUGGACUGGUGACUGUAUGUUUUAAAGCAAUACCCUAUGACCUCAGCUUUGAUCUCACAGUCUCAUGGGCUGCCAGCUUGGGAAUGCAGGCAAGCAAGUUGUCCUGUCUCCCCUGUAGCUCGGAACAGGGAGAGUUUGCUGCCCCACCUAGGUUCCCCAUGCUCUGAGAUCAAAAAAAUCAUCUCCACAUUGGAAAGUGAUCUAUGGGUGUGUUCUCAGGGGGCAGUGAGUCACCCAAUCAAGUUUACUGGAGUCGGGUGGGGCUGAAGUGCAGGCUGGUCUCACUGCUUUCCAACUAAACAUUGAUUGACCAAUCUACCUGUUCUUGUGAGGGAGCUCUAAUGAGCCCCCAGCAUCUGCCAUAAUCCUCUACUCUUGCCUCUGUCCAUGGUGUAUGAAAAGACUCCUUUCAGUUAGUCAGCAGAUGUGCAAAACAACAUCAUCCAAAGAUUGUCUUUUCCACCCUCGACUGGGAUCACUCGACAGCACUGUGAUGUAUUUUCAAUGAGGUGCCUUUCUUAAUGGACCAAAUGCUGCCUUGUUUUGGCCCUUAAAUCAAUAAAGUUUAUUAAAAAUU